CAUUCCUCAACGGUCCAAUGGGGGACACCACUAAGGAAGAUGGCACCAGCCAGAGCAAAUCGCUGCGUAGGGGAAAGAGAGCCUACUUUUUCAGGAAAUGGACGCGGAUCGAUCUGAUGAGGGCUUCGGCUGUUGGGGCUGUGCAUGUAUUGUGUCUGUUGGCUCCGUUUAACUUCAAAUGGGAAGCUCUCCGGUUUGGUGUGAUUCUUGCCGUAGUGACUAGUCUCAGCAUUACAUUCUCAUACCAUAGGAACUUGACUCACCGGAGCUUUAAGCUUCCUAAAUGGCUAGAAUAUCCAUUCGCUUACUCUGCCCUCUUUGCGCUUCAGGGUCAUCCGAUAGAUUGGGUGAGCACGCAUAGGUUCCAUCACCAGUUUACAGAUUCAGACCGUGACCCACAUAGCCCUAUUGAAGGAUUCUGGUUCAGUCACGUCUUUUGGAUAUUCGACACCAGCUACAUCAGAGAAAAGUGUGGAGGACGUAAUAACGUGAUGGACUUGAAGCAACAAUGGUUCUAUAGGUUCCUUCGAAACACCAUUGGUCUCCACAUCAUAGCAUUUUGGACCCUCAUCUAUUUCUGGGGUGGUCUUCCUUACCUAACUUGCGGCGUGGGAGUUGGGGGAGCAAUAGGAUACCAUGGGACAUGGCUCAUAAACUCGGCGUGCCAUAUUUGGGGAUCGCAAGCGUGGAACACCAAGGACACCUCUCGUAACGUUUGGUGGCUAGGGCUAUUCACGAUGGGAGAGAGCUGGCACAACAACCACCAUGCCUUUGAGGCGUCAGCUAGGCACGGACUGGAAUGGUAUCAGGUAGACAUAACUUGGUACCUGAUCAGGUUCUUCCAGGCUCUUGGCUUAGCCACCGAUGUCAAAUUGCCUACGGAUGCUCAGAAACGCAAGAUGGCUUUCGCUCGUUAGUCACAGCUCUGUUAAUCUUAUCUAAAUUAUGAAUUUGUACCUCAUCACUCACUCAACUCAUUUGUUAUUUUAUGUUACAUGAUUAAUAGAAUAAUAUGUUCUCAUGAAACUACUUGUUAACUAGUGAAAUACGUGAUCCAAUACAUGUGAAAUCUUGAGUACA